AUGGCCGUGCCCGCAGAACAGCGCAAGAAGAUCCUCAAGGUUUUGAUGACUUCCUUGUUACUAGACCUGAUAUCGUUCACGUUCAUCCUCCCCCUCUUCCCUUCCCUACUAUCGUUCUACCGCGAGCGUGAUCCCUCCCCAUCCUCCCCUCUAAACACAGUCUUCCACUACCUGAACGCCUACAAGAAUGCUUUCGCCAAACCCAUCGAUUCUCGUUACGACAUCGUCCUUCUAGGCGGCGCCCUUGGCUCCCUGUUUUCACUUCUGCAAGCCAUUGCCGCCCCCGUGAUCGGCCGGCUCUCUGACAAGCAUGGCCGCCGCAAGGCAUUGCUAGCAUCAAUGCUCGGAAACACACUCAGCGUUGCGCUGUGGGUUGCUGCAACCGAUUUCCGAACGUUCCUUGCGAGUCGCAUCGUGGGAGGGCUGAGUGAAGGCAAUGUGCAACUUGCGCAUGCGAUCGCGACGGAUAUCAGUGAGCCAAGUCAACGCGGGUCGACGAUGGCGCUGGUCGGCGCGUGCUUCAGUAUCGCGUUCACGUUUGGACCUGCCCUAGGCGCGUACCUGUCCGGGAUUAUGACUGUUAAGGCGAAUCCGUUUGCGACGGCAGCGGGGGUCAGCCUGGGGCUUAUUCUGCUUGAAACUGUUUACAUCUACGCUUGUUUGCCAGAGACACAUCCGCAGAUUACAGGGAGCUCCUCGACUUCGGCCCCUACCUUGAAUGAGGACUCGAAGAAGACGAAGGAGGCGCCCAAGGCGAAAAGCUCGACAUAUCAAUACAGUAACAACCCCACCACCCUUAACAUCCUACACCUGCUCUUCCUCCUCCCCUUCUCUGGUAUGGAAUUCUCUCUACCCUUCCUGACGGCAACAUUCUACACGAAUUCCACCGCUUCUCCUGCCGCAUUGAACGGUCGUCUCCUGUCAACAAUGGGUCUCAUCGCUUCACUCCUCCAAGGCACAGUCGUGCGCAGGCUCCCGCCUCUCCUCGUUGUUCGAAUCGGCGUUGCGAGCGCAACAAUCUCCUUCUUUCUGCUGUCACGGGUCACAUCAAUAGCUGGUCUCUAUACAGCUGCUACUUUCCUUGCCGUGACAAGUGCGUCAGUUGUGACAGGAUUGAAUGCGCUCGGGUCACUGGAAGCUAGGGAGGAGGAGAGGGGCGUUGUUUUGGGACGGCUGAGGAGCUGGGGACAGGUCGGACGCGCGGCGGGACCAGUGCUGUUUUGUACUCUGUUUUGGUGGGUUGGAAGGGAGGUUGCGUAUUUGACUGGCAGUGUGGUUAUGGCUGGGGUUUGUAUGGGUGUGUUUUUAGGGUUGAGGGCACCGGCUGUUCCUCCUGCUGCUGGUGAAGGAAAACCGGUACGAUGACUCUAUUGCAUAUACCAAGGCUUAUUGUUCUGUGAGCCUGGGCUAGGUAUGUACGAUAUAUGUCCUAUGCUGUUGUAUAUGGUAUACAUAGUCUCUGAUUAGAGCAAUGUUACUGCUGCUGCUGGACAGUGGCUGUUGUACGUGA